GGAGAAGCCACCAACGUGAUCUUUGCCCCCGAGUCUCACUUGGCGGCUGCGGUGGCAUCUGAUGCCAAUCCGUAGACCAUACGAUGGAGUUUCACGCCUCAGCCUCCCCGGCCGCUCCAACAGAGGAGAUUCGCGUUCAGAAGCGGACACUUGUGGUCAAUGAGACCCCCGGAGGGACCAGAAAGCGUAUACCGACAUGACAGUCCUUUCUUGGCUGUCGAGGAGAGCCGGCGGCCGUUAUCACCGGUCGGCGAGUACGGUGGGAAUGUCCAUCGCUCCCAACCGCUGAGCGAGAGGUCGGCAGCCGGCCACCAGCGCCACACUCGGCACGCUCCAGAACGAAAUUCACACGAGCUAUCGAGCGACUUGAUCUUUGCGGCGUCGACGCACGUCUCUCGGGCCUCCAAUGCGGUUAAGAGAUCGUGAAACGGCAGUCUGAAGAGUCUGUAUGACCGAGCCAAGCUGGU